AUGGCCACGACAUACACACUCUUUUUCGGAACAUUCAUCCACCUUCCCCGCCAAACAAAUCUGAACGGACCCCAUAUCCUCGAAAUCAACCAUGGCGUUCUCUGGGCAUCGACUGACGACGGGAAAAUCAAAGGAUAUAACUGGAAUGUUCGGAGCGAGGAUGAUCUUCGGGGUUUUCUGGAAAGCAGGAAAUGGGGGAAUGAGGUGAAAGUGGUUCAAGCGAGGGAGGAGAAGAAUGAGUUUUUUUUCCCGGGGUUUAUUGAUACGCAUAUUCAUGCCCCGCAAUAUCCGAAUUCCGGGAUAUUUGGGUCCUCGACUUUACUGGAAUGGUUGGAGAAGUAUACGUUCCCGCUUGAGAAAUCGUACGGGGAUUGUAAAGCACCGGAUAGUGUGCCCCCGAAGGCAGUCACGAGCUACAACCAAGUUGUCUCCCGCACGUUAUCGCAUGGAACAACAUCCGCAUGCUACUACGCGACUAUUCAUGUUCCCGCGACGAAUUACUUAGCGAGUCUCUGCCACAGCCGCGGACAGCGAGCGUUUAUUGGGCGGGUCUGCAUGGACAGCGAAGAUACCUGCCCAGCGGAUCUCAGGGAUACUUCCGCCGACGAAUCCGUGACCGCGACGAAAGCAAAUAUCGAGCAUAUCCAAUCCCUCGAUCCAAACGGCAACCUCGUGAAACCGAUCAUAACACCACGCUUCGCGCCCUCGUGUACAGAGCAAGCAUUAUCGGACCUGGGGGCGCUGGCGGCGGAGCACGAACCGCCACUCCACAUCCAAACGCACAUUUCCGAGAACAAAGACGAAAUCGCCUGGGUCAAGGAACUCUUUCCGGAAGCCGCAAACUACGCAGAUGUCUACGAUAAAGCAAACCUUCUAACCUCCCGCACAAUCCUCGCGCACGGUAUCCACUUGUCCCCGCAGGAACGCGAAGUGGUUGCUGCUAGAAAGUCAAAAAUUUCCCACUGCCCCGUGUCAAACUCCGCCAUCGGCUCUGGCCUGUGCCCCGUGCGCGUCCUUCGUGAUGCAGGGAUAACAGUUGGUCUAGGGACUGAUGUUAGUGGUGGGUAUAAACCCAGUAUUCUGGAAAGUGUGCGACAGGCGAUUCUCGUCUCGCGGUUAUUGCGCCAUACCAUCCGAGACGGGGAUACGUGCGAGAACGCGAAAAACGUAAAAGAAGGACGGGAGAACCUUAGUGUUGAGGAGGGCCUUUACCUUGCUACGAGGGGUGGCGCGGGGGUUGUUGACAUGGGAGGUGAGAUUGGAGGAUUUGAGGUGGGGAUGUUUUGGGAUGCGCAGAUGGUUCAACUUGGAAGUGUAAAACCUGCUCCUGCCAUUGGACCUGGGGCUGGUUCUCCUGAAGAAAAUGGGAACAGUGGAAGCGCAAGCAACGUCGACAUCUUCGGGUGGGAAAACUGGACAGAAAAGGUACAUAAAUGGGUUUGGAACGGCGAUGAUCGGAAUGUGAACAAGGUUUGGGUUCGGGGGAGAUUGGUGCAUGAGCGUGAUGAGAAGGAGUCUGGGAAGGAUGGCGAGAAAGGGUGGUUCUGGGAGGUUGUGGGUGGAAGUGUGUUCAGGAUGGUUGGAGUUGUUGGGUUGGUGUCUUUGGGGCUGUCGAAGAUUAGUUGA